AUGCUGGCGGGAAAACUUCAGAGAGAACCGGUGCCCACCGUUGGCCCGCGAGACUCGAUUGUGGGUGCUAUUUAUACCCGGCUGGAGCAAUUGUUGCCAUUGAACUCUGGUCUCAAUACCAAGCAAAUGCAGAUGGAUAAACAUUACAUUCAAUCACGCAAUGCGUUGUUGACUCUGGCAGACACAGACACGUUUGAAGACUGUGUUAUUUGCACCACCCAAGUCUUGGAAGCUAUCAACAAGAAAAGCAAGAUGGAACCACUUAAAAAGCGAUCGGAAACUUCUUUGUGGUCGACUUUUAUCGUAUUGAGACUUUUGUCUGACAUAGCAGACCAUCGUUGGAACAACCUAUCGACCUCCAAUGCGUCUCUAUUGCUGGACCAUGACUCCCAAUUGAGCGAUCACGUUGGUUCGCUUGGAGGCAGAGUCGGUGCCAUGAAGACCAACAGAUACCACAGUGUGAGGCCACCACAGUUAUCGGAAGAACUAGUGAAGAUGGCUUUGGCUAUGGUGACUAAUCUCAAAUCCAAGGGCAUAGUUUAUGCUGAGAUUGCCCGGAUCACGGGUCAGAAACGUAACAGAGGGACAUCUCAGUCCGAGACUGAUUCUUUGGUUGAAGACAUAGAGGCCUGUUGCAACAACAUAAUCCUGUACUUUUCGGGUUCAAAUCCUCUCCAGUAUCGUGAGUUUGUGCUGGCUAAGCUAAAGAGUCUGGCGAUACCGAUGCCUGAUGACUACGUUGCCCAUCUGGAUCUUUUGGAGGUUUCUUUCGUUGAUGAUUCGUAUCUUCACGUUUACCUGAGGAAUUGUCGCACCGUUUACGAGACAGCCAAAAGACCCAUUGAUCAACAAUUGGUACUGGUAUUCAUGUGCCGCACUCUGCUGAGGUGGAUGCUGGCUGACCCAGAGGAAUACCUGUCCAUAUCUUCGUCUCCAAUUACGGCUGCCAUUGAGUUUUUCGAUGUGGUGCUCAAAACUGCAGAUCUAAACCUUUACCGCAAGUCUGUGACCAUGUUUUUUGCCACGAUGUUGCUCCUAUGUCCAUCCUAUUUUGAGAACUACGGUGAAAAAUACAAGAAAAUGGUGGAAACCAAGUCAUUUGAUUACAAGACAUCAUUCGUGAGUGAAUUGCGGUUGAUUUGCUCGCGGUAUCCAGAAGCUGGUGAUGGUUUGAUUCAGGUCUUGCUAGUUGGAAGUACUGUGUCCAUUAUAGCACCUGAACAUCCAGUCGCAGUCUAUGCUAGAAAUACCGCACCAAUUGCAUACAAAGAUCUUAAGGUUGACCAGCCUGCCUAUUAUCCUGUUGACGUGGACACAGAACUGAUUGAUAAUUUGCGAAUCAACUGUUUUUGUGCUCUGGCGGGCCUCAACACCAAGGACUCGGCUGUGAAGGCGCUGGGACUUUUCAAAGACAAAAAUACUCACAUCGGACUGAUAAGAACUAUAUGUGGAGGUGUAAGUACUCUCAUCGAUAUCCACUUCAUGUUGCCUCAUAUCUACAGUUAUUUGAAAGAGGCAGCGCCAUUAUACAGACAAAUUUUAUGCUCCACAGCAGAGGCUUUGCGCCACAUUCGGUCAGAUGAGCUCAACGAUGCUGAGUCUAUCGACUCACAAGGUGCGUCAUCUUCGGUAAUGGACUUGAAGGAGGCUUUGGCACAGCAAAUGAAUAAUGUUGUCCUUACUGCUACCAACCAGAGUGUCCCCUCAGUGGUUAGCAGCGGCACAGAAUCCAAAAGAUCCGCCGUUUCCAGCGGAAACAGAGAACCUUCCGUGUCAGCAAAACAGAUUUCUCACCAACAGACGACGUCUUCAUCACAGCAAACUCAACAUGAACUCUCAAAGGAAGUGUCGCACGCAUCCAGUUCUGCCUCUGGAUCUUCGGGAAGUCAUCAAGUAACAAACUCGACCUCACCGGAACCACACCACCAGUCUUCUACCUUCAAAAACCUAUACAGGUCGAAGAUGCUGACAAAGAACUUUUUCCGAGGAAACAGCAGUGGGUCUUCGCCUUUAAGCCCUAACGUUCCUUCAGUUUCCCCCAAAUCACCAUCUCAUGCGCAUAAACAUGUAUCGACUACGUCAUCUUCUGCCUCGGCUACUUCGGGCACUGCUUCUACGAGUUCUGUGUCAGGACAACUUAUGGACAAACACGAUGCCCCUGUCAAGUUUGCAAAGAGAACUAUCGACGAAUCGCAGACCAUGCAAGAUCUUGUGGUAGACCUUCUGUAUUUCUUUGAGAAACUGCCACACCUGUUCUUGGUCGACCCUGACAUGCCAUUCUUCCAUGCAGAUGGGACUCACAACGAGCAGAGCGUUUUGUGGCUGAGGUCUGCGUUCAGUUCGAUUUCGCUAUUACUCGUGGACGAUGACGAACGUGUAAUAUCGCACAUAGCCAGGUUUCUUAUGUCAUUUCUAAAACGGACUUGGGGCGAUCCAGGUACUCAAGACGAUCCUAAAGCCGGGUGCGAGCAGUUCAGCGCAAGUUUUCUGAUUAUAUCUGGACUGAUGGAUUUAUUGAGCACCACAGAACUUUCUGUUUUGAAAAGGGAUCAAAUCCUAGAUUUCGUUUUGAAGUUUUUCGACAGAAGAAAGGAUGUUUUCACCUCUGAGAGCCCUCGACUGGCAUUGCUCAGUUCUCACGGAUUUCAUAAGAAUGGACAGUGCCGCCCAUAUCUCAUGGCUUGGGAGGAGUCUUUUCUACUUCUUCUUUUUGUGGACAGUCACGACAGUUACAAGAUGGCAAGGAAAGGGAUUGAGUAUUUCAUCAACGAAACCGAGUUCAGCUGGCAUACUAGCAAAUGCUCCGAGGGAUUUGAAAUCGAUCUGUAUAGAGCCAUUCUUUCGGAUCGGAUUUCUGCGAGUGGAGCUGCAAUGCGCAAGAAGCUAAGAGAUCACCUUACCAAAUCGAAACGUCCAAACCAGUCAAUCAUAUAUGUUUGGCGCACAAUGUAUGAUCGGUGGAUGAAAUCGCCCGUUGGGCCCGAGAAGGGCAACGAUACUUACGGAGCUGAUUAUCCUGGGUUCUUGGCCUCAUGGGGAGGGGUGUUUCUUUCUCAAUGUUUCAAGGAUCAUCCAGAGAGAGAAGAAUUAGCUUCCAAGUAUGAGCGGUUCAUUAGUUUUCAGAUUAAUAGCCUCAAGCUGGACGACUUGAGACUCAGGGAAAAAGCGAGAGAAGUGUUGAGUGUUGGUCUUCACCCCUAUGCGGUUCCGCUAGUGGCAAAGGAUAUUCAGGCACAUCUUGAUGGCAUGCCCAAGCUGUUGACCGAGAAGGACUUUGUGUUCUUUGACCUGCUGAUCUCGGUCAUGAAACACGUUCUGUCGCUGGAUGUGAUGGCUUUGUACCCUUACGAGAACGACAUCGCCCAGAUUUUGAAGUCGAUGUCUAUUUCUUUGGAUGACCAGCCAAGGGAGGCCGCCGUUUUGAAGUCCAGGAUCAAGUUUUUAUUUCUAGCGGGAGUGUUCAUGUCUAAGGCACCCGAACUUGGGUUUUUAGGAGAUUUGGCCGGAAGAAACAAAAUAGCAAGACUACUGGCUGAUUGGCUGGAGGACUCUUUCUUUAGAAAUGAAGAUGAAGGGGAAAAAGUCAAUCCCAGGUCUAUGGUUUUUGAUUUGAAAACAACAGAAAAGCCUCGAAAGGUUGAAGACAGGAAAAAGCAGUCUGAUAUGGACCAUCUAUAUUUCGAUUUCGCGGUCGAAACUGCUCGAGUAUUGGCACUUUGCCUAAGAGGAUUGGUUCUGGAUGUUCCUCAUGCCAAUUUCCAGCCUGAGGAUCUCAACAACUCUCUUGAAGUGUCCUUCCGAAAUUACUCAAAUUUGUUUGUGAGAAUUCUGGAGAAGGCUAACGAUCCUACCAAAAAUGUGUCUGAAAGCCCAGCUGCUAAGCACAGAGUCAAUAUCUUGGUAAAUCACGUGGUUGAGGCGUUAAUCGAUUUGCUCAAGGCAAAUGUGAGGAUUGGUCUCAAAUUUGUACUCCCUUUGUGUUACCAUGGACAGUCGCACUACCUGCGCUAUUCCUUCAUCAACGUGCUCGCCAACAUCAUGGAUCAUGACAACCUGGACAUAUAUGGCCAAUUGAACAAUAGGGUUGUGAGUGAGCUCAACAGGGGAUUUAACGUAUUUUCGAGUACACCAGCUAUGUUUGUGGCUGUAGCUCAGUCUUGCCCGAUGGCUGAGGUCGAUACCCUUGCAGCGGCUUUCCUCUCGAUGACUGACAACGAGAGCUUUACUCAGUACAUAAUGGGCCUUUUGGUGAGAGUGGAUAUCUUGCAGGCUUCUGAUUCUGUGCAAAUUCUGAGAAGUAACACUGUUGCUACUAGAAUGAUUGCGCUCUAUUCGAACGCGACUGCUGGAAAGUACCUUGUUCGUGUUUUGUAUCCAAUAUUGCAGAACAUUAUCGAACGCGGUAAACAUUUCGAGGUUGAAAAGAAGACCUGGAAUGACGAGAAUGCUCAGGAGGAUCUAGAUAACUUCUUGGAAUUGCUGACUGCUCUAGUUAAUGCCAUUUGCGAUUCUGCGGAAUUCAUGCCUUCCGGUUUAAAAGCGAUCUGUGCUUCUGUCUACUCUGCCACAGGCGAAGCAUUCCCGGAAUCUAAGAUUGUCGCUGUCGGUGCAUUUGUCUUCUUGAGGCUUUUCAGUCCGGCAAUUGUGACUCCAGAGAGGGCUGAUAUCGCAGCUCGUGUUGUGGAACCAGCAGUAAAGAGGUCGAUGAUCCAGCUGGCCCGUGUUUUGCAACUCAUGGCUAACGACUCUCUUUCUUCCUUGAAGUGGCCUUUGCUAAAGGAUCAAACUGAUGUGCUGGUCCAGUUGCAGAAAAAAGUGGAAGUAUUUCUAUACCAAAUUUCACAGGAAACCGCAACAACAACUCAGGUCAUGCCAUCGGAAGAUAUCCAAUACAGUCUGCAUUUGCACGGCUAUUUCCACCGUUUCUUUUACGAUCAUUUCGAGGAUAUCAGAUACAAUCUUUUCCAUCCUGCAACACCAGACUCGUUGUCUGUCGCCGAUAGGAUUAAUAUCUGGAGCAACCUUGACCAUGUGCUAAGCAUAAUCGGUUUGCCUAAGAUCCAGAAGGGUUUCAGCAUUCCAGAUUCUAUCAGGGAUGAUACCUCACCUCAGGGUGCUCAUCUUUAUGAUUUCAUGAGUAAAUUUUCGGCCAACGAGGCCGAGCUUCCUCCUGAUCAAAGUUUCCUGAGCGAAACGCUGACCAGAGACGGUACACCGGUGGUCAUCAUGGUCUAUGACAAGAUUCCAGAAGAUAUGGAUGUGCAAGUUGUAUGCUAUCGUAUCUUCCAGUUUCUAUGCAAAGUUUGGGAGUCCAAAUUCCACAUGUUUGUGGAUUGUACCAGAUAUCACAGCUCCAAUAUUCAUGCUACUCUCAUGAAACUAGUGACUUCUUUCUACCCUGAGAAGUACAGAAACAACCUUGAGAAGUACAUCUUCUUCAAUGUUUCGCAGUCCUAUUCCCACUCGUUGAAAGAGUAUAUGACCGCGGCCCAGGAAACAGGCUUUUUUGUCCAAACAGAGUACUAUUUUAUUAACUCUCAUGACGACCCCAAAGUCUACGCUCAACUGGGUCUGCCUCCGUACCAUUCGCCUGUCUCAUCUGACUGCAAGGUUACUUUCACAGAUGUGAAAUACUGGCAGGAGUCUGUUGGAAGAUUUGUCCCUGUUACUUUGAAGAUUGGGACGCAAUAUCUUCAGGUCUUGUUCAACACUAAAAUGACGGUGAAGGCUCGAAAGAGUAUGAAGAGUUUCCAAUUGUUGGAUGUUCAUCGGAUCGAAGAUUUCUCGAGUGUUGAUAUAACGACCACGACCGGAGUCGCCAACGAAGUCACUGUUGUGGACCAACGCUAUGAGGAGCCACUUAUUUUGUGUUCUCCAAGAAGAAUCGAGAUAAUGAGGACGAUCUACUUUUCCAAAUCGAAAAGAUCUCCAGCGGCUGAUGUUGAUUUUGAAAACAAAGGAUCUGUUGAGUUUUACGCCGGUGCUUUGCUGAAUAUUGCCUUCCUUGGCUUAAUCUCGCAUCAUGAUGACAUCCGUGGAUCCUCUUUCAAACUGCUGUUUUCAGUCGGGAAGACUUUCCACAUGGACUUUGGAAGACACGUCGAGGCAGUUACUGAUCUUUCGUUCCCAGCCAGAAACGAUGGUUAUGUGUUUUUGAUUUCCCAGGCUCUCUCUCUGGACAAACCGGAACUCACAUACAGCUUUCUAGAUUCCUUCUUCUUAGCCCUGGAACAUAGCGCCAUUGAGAGCAAGCCUUCCGUUGUCUACUAUGCCUCUCCUUGGUUGAGAAACAUCUACAAAUAUGUCUUCAGAGCAAAUGAGGAGUACGGUAUAGAGAGAACUGCUGAUCUGAUCAAGAAAUUUGUGUCCACUUCAAGAAAGUAUGAGGCCAUCAAAAUCUCUUUUUCUCAGUAUAUAUGGGCACAGCUUUCUCUUGAGGAUAAUCUGGUUGAUAUGAUAAUUGAUGAAACCAUUACCGCUGCUAUUGAUCUCGAAGCCGAGGGCAACGAUUGGGAAGACAUCGUUUCUUUAUGGCCUCUUGCUUCCACAUUAGAGAUUUUUGGGUCGCUGGUCUCCAGGAUUCACGAGAAAUCAAGAAUGAAAAUUCUCAAAGGCAACAGCAUCGUUGAAUCGCACACCAAUUGGAUGGAGAUCACAAUUCUGGUGAAGCUGAUGGCCUUCUUGAUGUUUGAUUCUUUGAUUUUUGCCGAGAAGUACUUGGGCGAUAUCUUUUACAUCAUUUCCGUGUUUCUCGAUGUCGGUCCCUUGGAGCUGAGAAAGACCCUCCACAGGCUAACUGUUAAGACCAUGCAUGCACUUUUGUCUAAACCAGAUCUCAGUCCAAAGAAUCACACUGAUAUUGUGAACCUUAUUGAGGUAUUGAAUGGAGCACGGUUCAAAAUGCUAUUUGGACUCAAUCGUGAUGACUCUCACGCAGACAUGCUGAUGAACAUUGGAAGCGACAUGGUUGCGAAGGCCGCUGCUAUGGAGUCGUUUUGCGACCUGAUUUUUUCGCUACCUGAUAUGAUCACAAGUAGCACCCACAAGACUCUUUGGUUGGUUCGCUGGAAUGCUCAAACCGUUCAAAGUGCGUUUUUGGAUAACAGUCUGCUACAAGGCCGUGCGCUAUUGGUCCUGGGUAAUCUCGCAAAGAGAGGUAUCGAUAACUACUCUGUGAUUCAAUACUUGAAGUACAUUUCCAAGGUGUUGCGAAGCAUUUUGGAGAGAAAGGAUCAUCUGAAUGAUCAGUUAUACUCGUUAUCCAUCUGCAGCGUGCAUUCUUUUGCCAAAGUCAUUGAUGGUAUUCCAGCAUGUUCUCCUUUCAUGGCUCAGUUCUUCUGGUUAGGCUUUGCAUUCUCGAUGAUUGAUAAUGUUGUGUAUUAUCAACUUGCAUUGAGAUUGAUGUCUGCCGCAUUGAGCAAGCUUUUGGAAUAUGAUCCAACCGAGAAUGGGGAGCUUGUGGAAUACCUCAUGUCGCAAAGAACCAUGUUCCAUCGUCAUCUUAAAGACUUCGAAAACUUCCACGGAUUUGAGGUCACCGAGAGUUCUUUCGACUUCGUCAUGAUGUCAGUCAUUCUCAAGGGGAUCAAGAUUCCGUUUACAUCGACCGCCUCAGUGGAAUUUGCAGGAAACAUUUUCAAACUUAGAUACAAGUGUGCUCUUAAGGCUGCCCGAUCGAAGAAUGAGCCUGUGGAUCUGGCAUGCUUCUGUUACACAAUCUUUCAUUUCCUUUUGGAAGGUUCAAACGAGGAUGUCAAGCCGGCUCUUGAAGCUUGUGGGACGGAGCCCGAACAUUCUGAAAUGGUGACAUUAACCAAGGGAAUCGACUGUCCAAAAGUACUACUGGAUCUCCUGAAAAGCGAAGGUGACGCUGGUUUGAUAACACUAUACACGGGAACCCUUUGCUUCACCUCUCCUAGAAGCGAUGAACUGCUCACCAGCAGAUACGUUCAUUUAUUGAGAUUCGUUGCUACGAACAACAUCAAGAUUCUGUGGUUGGUGUACCCAACCGCUGUGUACACUGUUAGAGGAAUAGUGGAGCAAUCAACUUCCAUGUCUGCUGUCGAGGCGAGUUUGAAUGUGGUGAACACUCUGGUCAGGUCUCCAGAAUACAAAGAGCUGCCCCUCUACGGAGCCGAAUUCGAUGCUCAGCUAGAGGAACUGAAACUUACCGGUUUCAAGUCCAUGGAAUUCUCCAACCCCGGCGCGUUUGAUGCCAAAUCCCAAAGUAUGAUAUCUGUGAGCGACAAACUGGCAAGAGCUCAUUAUAUCAAGUUAAUUCUGGAUAGAAUUCUGUCCUCGUAUGUGGAGGUGGGCUGA